GCCACCAUCAGGUGGACGGUUAGUAAAAUCGUCCGGACACGUGCGAUCAGUCUGCUCUUUUCCAUGGCAGCGCGCGUCUGGACGUCAUUAAUACCCCACAAAGGCUAUAUAUACCCCAGAUUGUCGCUCUCUCCACCAUACCCCACAAAAUCCUUCUUUUUGGCAGCUUAAUCAUGUCUGCUGUCAGUUCCCAGCGUCGGGUCCGCCAGAGGACAGAGGAAGAAAGGAGCGCACUCCAAGAUAAAAUCAUGGACCGCACAGUCAUUGCUGAAUGCAAUGUGGUGAGAUCUGACAUCAUGGUGCCUCCACUAGAUAGUAUUUAUGAGACUAUCCAGACUUACCACUGGGGAUACCUUUACACGUGUGCCUUCAUCGUCUUCACUAGGCUUGUCAGACUUUUCUAUGCCAACUUGGAGGUGGUUCAGGACGAUAAUCGUGGGAUGGUACUUCAGUCCACUGUUGACGGCCAUAUCAUCAUUGUUGAUCCCCAGAUCAUCAGUCACUCCAUUGGGGUAUCAGUCCUUGACUUUGCCCGGCAGUUCGUACAAUGAGGUGGUUCUACCUCCCUCUCUGGACGAUCUCCGAGAGUUCUUUCAUGCUGUUCCACAAGGUGAUGAACGCCAUACCACCAUCAGGAUCGGCGCAUUGGGUCCGUCUCAUCGCUUGUUGGCCAAAAUAGUUUAGCACAACCUAUAUUUAGUUGUCAGGCGAAGUGAUCUGAUUCUGAAGAAGGCCCAGUUUGUUUAUGCCAUCCACCUCUGCUUGCCUUUCUGUCUGUGCAAGCAUAUCAUGGGUGUUAUGUUGGAGGCCCGUGAUGAGGGUCAUACCGGUCUCCCUUUUGGUUGCCUACUCACUCAAAUCAUUCUUCAGUCAGGCAUCAACAUUAUUGGAGAACCGAAGAUGAAGAUUCAGCAGCCCAUCAGCAAACAGACUUUGAUGAAGUCUAAUGCGCAGCUGCGGAGAGAUGACUUCGAUGAUGAGGUGCCCAUCCUUGCUACCAUGCCAGUUGCUUUUCCAGACAUGGCUUCAUCCUCUCAAACAGUCCCGCCUUCAGAGCCAGAGAUCAUUUUUUCUCAGAUAAUGGUGGCCUUAUCUGCCAUUCAGGGAGGCAUGAGCACCAUGCAGCAGUCCAUCACUUCUAUGCAGCUAGAAGUGCACUCCAUCAACCAGCACGUGGAGCAGAAUCAGCUGAACCUAAGGGAGUGCCUCAAGUAUCAUCACCCUGAUAGCAGUGAUGAUGAGGAUACUGCGCCCAGGACUGCACCUAUGAAUGAGGUCACUACGCCUAGCAACAAGCCAGAGAUUGUGCUAGAUGAUCUUGGCAAGCAUACGGUGCGGGGCAGACAAGGCAUCGAUCUUAAUGGUAGUAGCAUACUCCUCACCCUUAGGGAGAGCAUGGAAAAAUUCUCUGUGAUCAUCUAG